GCCGCUCCAGACCUCUCUCAUGUUGUUCUGCUGGAGUUUCCACUCCAGCUUCUUCCUGUACUUCUCUUUGGCCUCCCUGAUAUUGGUAUUGUAAUAGGGGAUGGCUCUGGUGUUACUUGGAAUCAGAUCGAAACUUAAUUUUUAGUAUCGCCCACUCCUAUUGGGAGGUGUGUGUGUGUGGCACCUCCCACCUGUGAAGUAUUGUUAUGUUCGUUAAUAUCUUGGUGUUUUUUCAUUUUAAAAAUUAAAAAGUAAAAAAAAAAAAACAAGUUAGCUAUCUUAUUUUAUUUUGAAACGCGUAUCGCUCAACAUCCGGUGUCGUCUUCGUUUAGCUUGCCCUCUUCCGUUUCUUCCAUCCGUGAUCCGUGGCUCGGGAUCCAUUGAGCAGCCUUGCCCGGGCCAGCACUUCGCUAAAACGGGGAUUCGGUCUGCCUUCCUUCCCUAUCAGACACCUUGAAACGAUCAUUAUCGUUUUCCAUACCUCUCCAGCAGCAUUAAUAGUUCGUUUAAAUGUAUGUAGCUGUGUCUGCUAGCUGCGGCCAUUGAUUGAAUGAUACGUUUGAAGACCGACAGACAAACGGGCGCCAGGCUAGUCGGUGAAGACAGGAGUACUGCAGCCUUGCGUCAAAGCCAGCUAAAGCUAAACCGUGGUAGGGCAAGUCAGCAAUAAAGCCCGGUUACAGCCACGUUACCUCGGUGGCUAGCCAGACAGCAGACGGGUUAUUUUUGGCUCGGUUUUUGGCGUACACAUGCUCUGUUUUAGUCGCGUGAGCUAGCCAAACAUCUGUGCAAAAGCUGUCAGUGUUGGUUUCAUAAGAAAUAACGUUACAGCUAACACUGACUCUGUGUUUUGGGGUUGGUAUUCCCCACUUAACUUACUAGCUAUCUGAAACGACUUUAACAACACAUUUUGAAGCGUAACGUUAGGUAAAAGGUGGGAAAUUUCGGAUAACUGCGUAACAUCUUGUUGAAUUGAAGAGGGGCCUCAUAGCUAACACAUGAGGCCCGGUUGCAAAGAUGGACCUGAAUUUUUAUUCGGAUUUAACGGACGGUACCGGGCAGCACGACGGUGAUCCAGAGUUCUUGGACCCGCAGUCUUUCAAUGGAUUUGACUCUGACAACAAGUUCCCUGGAGGCAGUGACAACUACCUGACAAUUCCUGGGUCUGGCCAUCCCUUCCUCUCCUCAUCCGAGUGUGCCACUAAACCCAUUGACCUCUUCAACCUCGCUGGAUCUGCUGGUGGAACAUUCCACACUCCCAGCCUCGGCGAUGAGGAGUUCGAGAUACCUCCCAUUUCUUUGGAUCCAGACUCGGCCCUCACCGUGUCAGACGUGGUGUCCCAUUUCGGGGAGUUGUCGGACACCGGCCCCUCCGACAGCGUGGUGGUACCCGGGAAUGCUGUGGUGGAAGGGGACGACCCCUCGUUCGCUUCCACUUUCGUCAAUGCCCCCUCGCAGGGACUGGAGCACCUGAGUCUGGGAGUCAUCAACCAGUCAGGAGGAAGUGCUUUGUUGGGGUCAUCACUGGGAAUGGAUCUUGGUCAUCCCAUCGGCUCUCAGUUCAGCGGUUCGUCCCCGGUGACCAUCGACGUCCCACUGGGUGACAUGAGCCAGGGCUUGCUGGGGUCCAAUCAGUUGACCACUAUCGACCAGUCAGAGCUCAGCGCUCAACUGGGGCUCGGCUUGGGAGGCGGGAACAUAUUGCAACGCCCCCAAUCGCCUGAACACCCUCUGUCGGCCACGGCCUCGCCCACCAGCUCACUCCAGGAUGACGACAUGGAUGACUUCAGAAGGAGCGUCCUGGUUGAAUCUCCGGUCUCCCUGGCGGUCUCUCCCGGAGUCAUCUCUCUCGAUCCCUCUCUGUCCGACUCCCCGCUCUCUGCCCCCGCCUCCAGCGUCUCUCCAGCUGUUGGACGGAAAGGAGGAGUGGGAGGAGGGAAGAAGGGGAAGAAGAAGAAAGACCCCAAUGAGCCCCAGAAACCUGUGUCCGCCUACGCUUUGUUCUUCAGGGACACACAGGCAGCUAUUAAGGGACAAAAUCCCAACGCUACAUUUGGAGAAGUUUCUAAGAUAGUGGCCUCCAUGUGGGACAGCCUGGGGGAGGAGCAGAAACAGGUUUACAAGAGGAAAAACGAAGCGGCGAAGAAGGAUUACUUGAAGGCGCUGGCAGAGUACAGAGCCAGCCAUCUUUCUCAGGCCCCUAUUGAAGUCAUGGACACCUCUCCAUCACCCCCAUCUCCAGCCCCGGCCCCCGUUGUCACAGCCACGCCUGCCGCCACCCUAGCCGCUCGCUCCACCAGGUCACAGCAUUACAACCCAGAGGAGAACACCAUCACCAACAUCUGUACCUCCAACAUCAUCCUGGACCUACCUCAGGUCACCACACGUUCCCGCACCGGCGCCAUCAAACCCCAACUUCUGCCCGUUACCAUCCCCCAAACCCCCCCCACUGUCACCAAGAUCAUCAUCAAGCAGACACAGUUGCCCUCUGGUGGCGUAUCCGUGACAGCGACACCCGCCUCCUCGUCGCGUCAGCCGCCGCCGCUGCAGCAGAUGCAGAGCACCCCUCCUCCGCCUCGGCUGCAGCAGAUGGUGCACGCCCAGGCCCCUCCACCUCUGCAGGCCAAACCACGAGGUGCUACCACAGCUCCGCCUCCGCUGCAGAUCAAGGUCGUCCCAUCGUCACGGCAGUCGGAUUCAAGCACGCCAAUCAUUGUGACGUCAUCUGCUGAAACGCCCGCGUCAAUGUCAACCGGUCUGACGGUGGAGGUGGGACAGUCGGCGGAUGUGGUGACGGGAGGAGAGGAAGUGGCAGAGGUAGAGGAAGGGAUGGAGGUUGAGGUGAACGUUGCCCCCGUCCCGAGCGUGACUCCCACCGCCAGCCGUAACAUCUGUGUGCGUGCUGGCUGCACCAACCCCGCUGUGGAGAGCAAAGACUGGGACAAGGAGUACUGUAGCAACGAGUGUGUCGCCACACACUGCAGAGAUGUGUUCAUGGCCUGGUGUUCCAUCCGAGGGCAGAACUCCACCACCGUCACAUAAGGAAAGGACACAUGGAUCGUGACGGAGGAGCGCUACACAGAGAGAAAAAGACAAAGAAUAACACGUGAAAUGCAAAUGAACAGAGAAACGAAUGAAUGAAUGAUAGGCUCAGGUAUUGGCACAUAAUGGUUUCUUUUAUCAUGUCAUCUUGAUGACAAGAAGAAAAAGACAAGACAGUUACAGGAAAGUAUUUAAAAAUCACUACGAUAUACUUUUCUGUGGUCGACACCGUGGCUCUCCAGCAGAAUAACAAUGGGUGCAUUGGGAAUGACGGCUCACAAUAAGGACAGAUGGAAGAAUAAUAAUACUGAAGAAAACACAGAAGAAGAAACUAAAGACUUGGCUCUGCUGCCCUAGACUUUCCUAUUGAUCAUCUAUUGUGAAUUUGAACUAUGGACCUGAUUUGAUAUAAAAAAGAAAAGAGAGAGAGAGAGAGAGAGAAAAGAAAUAGAACAUUUUAUGGCGUUUUUUAAUUGUUUUGAAAAGAAGUGCAGGAAGGAAAUCAUGAUCUUGCAGAGGAAUUCAGUUUGUUUUGAUUCAUUUCAAAAAUUCCACUUCAUAUGUGAAUGCUCUUCCCUUUACUGUUACAUUGAGGACUGGUUGAUGUGAAUGAAGUCUGAUAUUUUUGUUUAAUUGUUUUUCAGUAAUGUGCGGGCGCUUUGGUGUUGCGGGGUCAGUGGCUACUUUAGAGAUUAAGUGUACAAACGAGCAACAACUGGGCAAAGCACAAACAGUCUAAAAGGUAGUUUGGAGUCGUACAAGAGGGUCAAAUGUUUGUAAGAAUCCAAUUUGAGACAACGUGGAAAUUAAUCUGCCACCAGCCAAAUGCCAUUUGUCACUUUUUGGAAAAGGAUUUAAAUUCAAACUUUCAAAACAGGUGCUAGAAUUCAGGAAAGAAAAUAGCAUUUCUCUAGCAUUCUCCGUUCUCCUCUGUUGAUGAAAUACCCCGCAACAUAAGAGCUUUCUAAAUGUGUGGUGCAUAUUUUGUUUUAUGAGGAACAUUUGUGUUGAAAAUUGGCAUUUGAGGGUUUAAAAAAAAUUGGAAUGAAAUAAACACACCAGCUCUGACAAACACUACUGUAAGGGGAAAAGGAAUACAGUACAAAAGCUUUACUUUUUAACAUAACAGUGUUUAAUUUAACAAAUUGCUUUCAGGUGUGUCGAAUAAUCAAGUGAAGGGGUGGUUGCUUCCAAAACUAUUCCCAGUCAGAUGAAAUGAUGCAGUGAUCGGUCUGGUUUAUUGUAGAUAUCCUUGAAAUGUUUUUAACGGUGAAAUAAAUUAUUUUAUGUUUUAAUAUA